AUGGGACGAAUUACUAUUGCUGGCAAAGGAGAAGAGCCAUCACCACCAUCAUCAUCAAAAACAUCAUCAUUAUUAUUCUCUUCUACUUCUCCUUCUACUAAUUUUCCUUUUUUUUCUUCUUCUCGUAUGACUACUAUAACAGAAUCUAAUAUUUCACCACCAAUGACAAGUCAAUCAUCAACAUUACCAUAUCGACAAUCAAAUGAUAUUCCAUUAAGAGAAUCAAUUAUUCAUGAAGAUAAAACAAUAUUAGAUGAACAACAUGAUAAAAAUGAUACUAAUAUUAAUCUUCAAUCACCAACACAUCAACGUCGUUUACCAUUACCGAAUAAAUUAACAUUUGAACAAAAUAUAACAAAUCUUAUUGAAAAUGAAUCACCUUUAUUACAAUCAGAAUUAUUAACAGCUGAACAUGAAUUAUCUGUAUUACGUUCACGUUUAGCUGUUAAUGAAGGUGUUACAGCUGUAACAGGUACAAUACUUAAAUCACUUAAAGGACAAUUUGAACCACAUCAUACAGUUGAUACAGCAACAUCACCAUUUGAUAUAUCAAAACUUAAUUUAUUUCAACAUUCAUUAGCUAUACAAACAUCACCAAUGAUUGAAACAUUACCUGAUAUACCAGAAUCUGUUGAAAUACAUUAUGAUGCACAAACAGUUAAAAGUCCAUAUUUACUUGUUAAAGCAAAAAAUUCAUUUUGGAUAGCACAACCAAUACCUGUUGCUGAAGCACAAUCACAUUUAAAAAAAUUUUCAUCACCUGUUAUGAAACGUGCUACUGUGAAAUUACCAAGAACAUUUGAUCAAACAUUUUUAACUGAUAGUGAUACGGAUGAUGAACAAAUUAUAACAAGUCAAUCAAUGGAAGAUAAACAAUUAAAUAAACCUAUAAAUAUUGAUAAUACUAUUUCAAAUGAAGUAACAUCAUCAACGAUUAUUGAAGAAUCAAUUAGUCCAUCGAAUGAAAAUUUAUUAUCAUCAACAGAUAAAUUUUCAUCGGUUCUUACAGAAAAUAAACUUGAAAAUGAAAUUCCGAUGGAAGAUAAACAACCAACAUCUGAUGUAAAAGAACCAAUAUUGGAAAUUAAAAAAAUACGUUCAUCCUCACUUCUACGAGUUGAAGAACAAUUUGAACAAUUCGAUGAUAAAAUUGAUGAAAUUUAUUCCAUUAUUGAUUAUUUAAAAAAUACAAAAUUAACAUCAACAAAUUUUAAUACUAUACAUACAAAAAUAAAUGAUUUAAAAACAAUCAUAUCUGAUAUAAAUUUAAAUAAACAAGAUGAAUUACGUAUUGAAUAUGAAUUAGAUGAAUUACAAAAUUUAUUUCAUACAAUAAAUGAUAACUUAAUAAAUCAAUUACAUCAACAAGAAGAUUAUAGUUUAAUUGAUUUAUUUGAACAAAAUGUUAAUGAAUUACGUCGUAUUAUAAAUGAUAUUAAAUCGAAACAAACAAAUUUAACAACAACUAAAAUAAAUGAAUCCGAAAUAAAAUCAGAUGAAAAUUUACAAGAAAAUCUAUCCAAACAAAUGAUUCCCCAUGAUGCAGAUUGGUCACCUGAACAAAUGGCUGAAUAUUUUCAACGUGGACCUGAUGGUGAAUUAUUAUUAUCGAAACAAGCACAUUCACAUCUUAUACCUGAAAGUCCUGUUAUAACACGUGAUGUCUUUUUCGAAGGUGAUAAAUCAAUUCAAGAAAAACGAUCUUCUCAUCCACAUGUAACACAUCUAAUACCUGAAGAUGCACGUGUGAGUGCUGAUAGUUUUUAUGAAGGUGAUGUACAUCGUUCAUUAUAUCAUAAAGAAAAAGCCAAAGAAACGAUGGUUCAUGACAAACAUCUUAUACCAGAAAGUCCACGCGUUUCAAGUGAUGUUUUUUAUGAAGGUGACUCACAACGUUCAAUGUUUGUUGAACGUUCAUCAUUACCACAAAUGGAAUCCAUACAACCAUCAUCAAUUGAUAAUCUUCGAAGUAUAAUGAGUGAUUUAAUGCUUGCUGCUUCAUGGUCAAAAAAAUCAUAUAAAAUUGAUGAACAACAAAUAAAACAUAAUGAUGAAGAAAUUCUUGCUGAAUCAUUUAUAACAACAGAACAACAUUAUCCACCAUCAAAAUUAUGUGAAAUUGUACAUGAAAUUGAAAAUUUUCCAUUAACAUUACCAACACAAAAACUUGAUGAAUCAACAAUUGAAGUUGAAGAACUUGAUACAAGAUCACCAUUUACUUCUCAAUCACCUAUUUUUAUACAUCGAACUAUUUUAACACGACAAGAUACUGAACGAUGGCCACAAGAUGAAACAAUUAUUAUUGAUGAACAAGCACAGGAAGAUAUAUUAAAAACGACUGAGCUUGAAAAAAUUACAGAAGAUAUUCGACAACAUGCUGAAAAUUCUUUAAAUUUAUUGAAAGAAAAAGAAGAAAUCUAUGAAAAACGAUAUCAAUUACCACAAAUCAUAGAUCAGCAAAUUAUUAUUGAUGAUAACCUUUAUGAUAAAUCUAAAAAGCAUAUAGAAGAACGAAAAGAUAAUAUUUUUAUUGAAACACCACAGGAAGAAAUUGAAGAAAGAGAUGAAAAUGACCAAUAUCAUAUUGAAAAAACAUGGAGUACAGAUAAAAUCAUAGAACCUUCAUCCAUUAUUCCAACAGAUGAGGAUGUACAAGCUUUACAUAAACCCCUAGAUGAAUACCAACAGGAACAACAACAAAAGAGUGAACUUCGUGCAUCAGCACAAGCAGAUCAAUAUGAAUAUCAACUAGAAUCAAAACUAGCCUCGGAACAACUGCCUACGGAUUUAACACGACUGAUUGAAAAUGAAGAACAACUAUCAAGUCCAAUACAUACGCCCAUUGAAGAAAAACACGAACUUCAACGACGAUUAAGCUCCGAGAAGCACAGCACCGAAUCUCCUCAUCUUAGUGAACAAGAAGAAGAGCAAUAUGAACCAAAAUAUGAGACAUUUGAACAAGAUCGUCAUGAACCAUUGCUCACUUUUCAACAACACUUCAUCGAACAUCCUGAACUAGAUAUUCAACAAAAAGAUGAACAAGCAGAUUAUUAUGAAAAUGAAAAAAUACUAACCACCGAUACAACCAUAAUCAAACCAUUGGAAACAGCCGAAAAACAAGAAAAGCGCCAUGAUGAAGAAACAGUGAAAUUAGAAAGAGAAGCCGGUGAAAUCUAUGAAGCAGAAGAAUUCGAAACUCAACAAAAACGAACUAGUCCAGAGAUUCACAGAGAAUCAUCUCAUGAAAGUGGUCAUGAAGAAGAAGAAGAAACAGAACAAUAUCAACCUCAGCGAAAACUUAGUGAUGAUAAAAUCGUUCUUGAAUCUUCUCCAGUGAUCGAAGAACCUCAACAUGAACCAAGUUCAACAUCUGCAGCAAUCCCUACUACAUUUCAGCAAGAAAUCCACGAAAAAUAUGAACCAAGAGAAGACUAUCAUAUUAAACAGAAGUUAACUACCGAACAAAUCAUUGCCGAAUCUCCAGAACUUAGUGAACAUGAACACGAAGAAGAUCAAUAUGAACCAGAAUCCAUAACAAGUUCAGAGAAGAUACAAAUUGAGCCUAGUGAAACAAUAGAAGUAGAUCAUCAUGAAGCAUUACUUAGCUCUGAUCGAGAAUUCGUCGAAUUUCCUGAAUUACGCACUUCAUAUACUGAUGAACAUGUUGUUGAAUAUCGAGAAACAGUAAAAGAAGAAGAAAAAACACCUCAUGAUGAAGAAUUGUUGGAAACACAAAAACCAGUCAGUGAAAUCCAUGAAAUCCAUGAUUAUGAAAUCGAACAAAAACCAACUCGUGCGGAUAUUCACAUCGAAUCACCUCAUGAAAGUGAUCAUGAAGAAGAGGAGGAAGAAGAACAAUAUGAACCACAACGAAAACCUAGUGAUGAGCAAGUUGUUCUUGAAUCUCCUCCAGUGACUGAAGAAGCUCAAUAUAAAGCAAGUUCAAUUUUGACAGCAGUCCCAAUUGCAUUCCAUCAAGAAGCUCAUGAAGUAAAACAGGAACCUGAAGAAGAUUAUCAAACUCAACGCAAGUUAAGCACUGAACAUGUCAUCGUUGAAUCUCCUGAAAUUAGUGAACAUGAACAAGAAGAAGAUCAAUAUGAACCAGAAUUACGAACAAGUUCAGAUAGAAUUCAAAUUGAACCUGCUGUAACAAUUGAAAAAGAACGCGAAGAAACAUUACUCGCUCCUACACAACAAAUCAUCGAACCGACUGAAUUAAUCACUACACACAGAGAUGAAGAAAAGGAUUACUAUGAAUCCGAAGAAGAACUCAUCAGUGAUAAUAUUGUUGUUGAACCUCCGAAAAUAGUCGAAGAAGAAGAAAAACAUCAUGAUGAAGAAUUACUGGAAUUAGAAAAAGAAGCCGGUGAAACUCAUGAAGCAGAGGAAUAUGAAACCGAACAAAAACCAACUGCUACUGAUAUUCACAUCGAAUCACCUCAUGAAAGUGAUCAUGAAGAAGAAGAGAAAGAAGAACAAUAUCAAUCCCAACGAAAACCUACUGAUGAGUCAGUUGUUCUUGAAACUUCUCCAACAACCGAAGAAGCUCAAUAUGAACCAAGUUCAACCUUUGCAGCAGUUCCGAUUGCAUUUCAGCAAGAAAUCUAUGAAGUGAAACACGAACCUGAAGAAUAUUAUCAAAUUGAACGCAAGUUAAGCACAGAACAGAUUAUCGUCGAAUCUCCACAACUUAGCGAACAUGAACAAGAAGAAGAGGAAUAUGAACCAAAAUCAAUAACAAGUUCUGACAAGAUUCACAUUGAACCUCGUGAAACAGUUGAACAAGAUCGUCAGACAUCAUUAGACACUUCAUACACGGAUAAAAAAGAAGACCAUUAUGAAUUUGAAGACAAAUUAACUCGUGAUAAGAAUGUCUUCGAGUCUUCAGAAAUCGUCGAAGAAGAAAGACUGCAUAAGAAAGAACCAUCAGAACAAGAAAAAGGAGCCGGUGAAAUUUCUGAACCAAUUGAAUCUGAAAUCGAAGAAAAAAUAAGUGGUGCCGAUAUUCACUUGGAAUCAUCUCAUGAAAGUGACCAUGAAGAAGAACAAGUUCGACCUGAUCGAAAACGUAGCACUGAUCAAAUCAUUGUUGAAUCCGAAGAAGUUCAAAAAGAUCAAUAUGAACGUGCUUCAAGUUUUGAACAAAUUCCAAGUGCAUUUUAUGAAGAAAUACAUGAGAUGAAACAGGAGCCAAGAGAAGAUUAUCCAAUUGAAAGAAAACUAAGCACCGAACAGAUUAUUACUGGUUCUACAGAAGUUAGUGAACAUGAAGAAGAAGAAGAGCAAUAUGAACCAGAAUCGAUAACAAGUUCGGAGGAGAUCAAAGUUGAAGAAGAUCGUCAUGAACCGUUAUCAACUGGUGCACAACAGUUCAUCGAACCUGCUGCAUUGGUUGCCCCACACAUAGGUGAACAAAAAGACGAAUAUGAAUCUGAAGAAGAACUAAGUGUUGACAAGAAUGUUAUCGAAGCUCCAGAAACAGUCGAAGAAGAAGAAAAACAUCAUGAUGAAGAAUCACUGGAAUUAGAAAAAGAAACCGGUAAAACUCAUGACAUAGAUGAACAUGCAAUUCAACAACAACCAACUGCUGCUGAUAUUCACAUCGAAUCACCUCAUGAAAGUGAUCAUGAAGAAGAGGAGGAAGAAGAACAAUAUCAACCUCAAAGGAAAUCUAGUGAUGAGCAAGUUGUUCUUGAAAUUUCUCCAAUAACCGAAGAAGCUCAAUAUAAAGCAAGUUCGAUCUUGGCAGCAGCUCCUAUUGCAUUCCACCAAGGAGUCCAUGAGGUAAAACAGGGACCUGAAGAAGAUUAUCAAAUUGAACGAAAGCUUAGUUCCGAACAAGUCAUCGUCGAAUCUCCAGAAGUAAGUGAACGUGAACAAGAAGAAGAGAAAUAUGAACCAGAAUCGAUAACAACUUCAGAGGAGAUCAAAACUGAGCUUAGUGGUACAGUUGAACAAGAUUUUUAUGAACCAUUACUGGCUUCUGCACAACAACUCAUCGAACCGGCUCAACAAGUCACUGGACACAGAGAUGAAGAAGAAGAUUACUAUGAAACUGAAGAAGAAUUAACUAGUGACCAGAAUGUUAUCGAAUCUGCAGAAAUAGUUGGACAAGAAAAGAGACAUGAUGAAGAACUGUUGGAAACAGAAAAAACAACCGGUGAAAUUUAUGAAACAGGCGAAUAUGAAAUCGAACAAAAAUCAACAGAUGCGAAUAUCUCGUUAGAAUCGCCACAUGAAAGUGAUCAUGAAGAAGAGCAAGAACAACGACUUUCUGAACGAAUACGUAGUACUGACGAAGUCAUUGUUGAAACACCUGAAAUCGUCGAGCAUGAAAAGUCACCAUUCGAACAAUUUCACCAUGAUGAACAGAUUAAUAUAAUACCACGUGACGAAAUGGAAAGAGAAGAAUCAGAACCAAUCGAUCAUCAAGAAUCACAUGAAAGAUUGUGUUCUCAAAAGACCGAACUCGAAUUUCUUCAAUUCAGUGAACCAGAGGAGGAUGAAGAUGAAUUUCAACAAUCACAGCUUGAUCGAAGAGCUUAUAUUAUAUCUUCUCAAGAAACUCGACCAACUGAAAUAGAAGUCGAAGAACAGUAUCCAUCAGAACGAAAACUAAGCUCGGAAAAAAUCGCCAUCGAAUCGGCACAAAUUAUUGAACAUGAUCAAGAAGAAAAAGCUUAUGAACGACCAUUAACUUCAGAGCAAAUUUCCGAUGAAGAAAAAGAAGUACAUAAACGAAAACUAAGUGUCGAAAAGCGCUCCACUGAGUCUCCCGACCUUAGUGAACAUGAAGAAGAUCAAUACGAGCAAAAAUUUGAAACGGAAUCUAUAUCAAGUUCAGAAAAGAUAAAGAUCGAACCUACUGAAACAGUUGAACAGCAACGUCAGGAACCAUUACUAAUUUCUCAACAACAAUUCAUCGAACAUCCUGAACUUCGCAUUCAACACAAAGAUGAAGAAACACUCGAAACUGAGAAAGAAGCUGGUGAAGUUCAUGAAGAAAAUGAAUAUGAAAUCGAGCAAAAAUCAACUGGUACAGAUAUUCAUGUAGAUUCACCUCAUGAAAGUGAUCACAAACAAGAAAAAAGACAAUAUGAAUCAAGUUCAGGUUUCGAAGGCUUUCCGAUAGCAUUUCCUCAAAAAAGUGAAGAAAUUAAACAAGAAUCCGAAGAAGAUUAUCAAAUUGAACAAAAUUUAAGUACUGAACACGACGUUACUGGGUUUUCAGAACUAAGUGAACACGAAGAAGACGAAUAUCAAUAUGAACAGAGAUAUGAAACUGGACAAUAUCAGUCACCAUCUAUCACAAGUCCAGACAAGAUGGACAUUGAAUCUGUCGAAAUAACUGAACACGAUCAUUCUGAACCAUUACAAACUUCUGCACAACAAUUCAUCGAACCUCCUGAAAUCGACACACAACAGAAAGAUGAACAAAAAUUAACCACUGAUGAAAUUGUUAUUGAAUCUCCAGAAAAAGUCGAAGAAGAAAUGAAACAUGAUGAUCAAGAAACAUUGGAAUUUCAAACAGAAGUUGGUGGUAUUCAUAAAGAAGAUAAAUAUGAAGUUGAACGAAAGUUACGUGACGAAAAUAUUCAUUUAGAAUCACCUCAUGAAAGUGAUCAUGAAGAAGAACAAGUUCAACCUGAACGAAAACGUAGUGCUGAUCAUAUCGUUGUUGAACCCGUAGAAAAACUCGAACAAGAUCAAUAUGCACCAACAUUGAGCUUAGAACAUGUUCUACAUCAAUAUCACCAAGUAAUUCAAAACGAAGAACAAGCUCUAGAAGAAAUUAAUGAAAUGCAACGAAUGCUAACCAGUGUACAACGCAUGACUGGAUCUCCAGAACAAAGUAAACAGAAACAACAAGCAGAUCAAUAUGAACCAGAAUCUUUAUCUAGUUCACAAAAGAUUCAUAUCGAACCUACUAAAACAGUUGAAGAAGAUCGUUCUAAGCCAUUACUCACCACUCAACAACAAUUCAUCGAGCAGCCUGAAGCAGGCAUUCAACACGAAGAUGAAGAACAAGAACAUGAUAAAGAAUCAUCAGUACAUGAAAAAGCAGCCGGUGAAACUUCCGAAGUAGACAAAUACGAAAUCGAACAAAAAUCAACUCGUUCCGAUAUUCAUUUACAAUUACCUCAUGAAGGUUAUCAUGAAGAAGAACAAGUUCAACCUGAACGAAAAUUUCGUGCUGAUCAAGGUGUUGUUGAACCCUCUCAAGAAAGCGAAGAAGAAGACCAAUAUAAACCAACAUUGAGUUUAGAACAUGUUUUAAAUCAAUAUCACCAAGUCAUUGAAAAAGAGGAACAAGACCUAGAAGAAAUUAAUGAAGUUCAACGAGUGUUAACUGCUGUACAAGCUAUAGUCGGAUCUGUUGAACCUAUCGAACAGAAGCAAACAGAAGAUCAAUAUAAACCAGAAUUAAGAAUAAGUUCGGAUUACAUUCAAAUCGAACGUGGCGUACCAGUUGAAAAAGAACGCGAGGAACCAUUGCUCAGUUCUCAACCAAGAUUUCUCGAACUUCUGGAAGCUGAAACUUCUCCGACGGAUGAAGAAAAAGAUCACUAUGAAUCCGAAGAAGAACUCAAUAGUGAUAAUAUGGUUGUUGAAUCUCCGAAAACAGUCGAACAACAAAAAAGACAUCAUGGAGAAGAAUCAUGGGAAUUAGAAAAAGAAACCGGUGAAACUCAUGAGACAGAGGAAUAUGAAACCGAACACAAACCAACUGCUACUGCUAUUCACAUCGAGUCACCUCAUGAAAGUGAUCAUGAAGAAGAAGAGGAAGAAGAACAAUAUGAAUCUCAGCGAAAAUCUAGUGAUGAGCAAGUUGUUCUUGAAUCUUCUCCAGUGACUGAAGAAGCUCAAUAUAAAGUAAGUUCAAUUUUGGCAGCAGCUCCAAUUGCAUUCCAUCAAGACACUCAUGAAGUAAAACACGAACCUGAGGAAGACUAUCGAAUUGAACGAAAGUUGAGCACAGAACAAGUUGUCGUCGAAUCUCCAGCGCUUAGUGAACAUGAACAAGAAGAAGAGUCGAUAACAAGUUCUGACAAGAUUCACAUUGAACCUCGUGAAACAGUUGAACAAGAUCGUCAGGAAUCAUUAGGCACUUCAUACGCGGAUAGAAAGGAAGAUCAUGAUGAACCCGAAGAGAAAUUAUUUACUGAUGAAAAGGUUGUUGAAUAUCGAGAAACAGUAAAAGAAGAAGAAAAAACACCUCAUGAUGAAGAAGUGUUGGAAACACAAAAACCGGUCAGUGAAACUCAUGAAAUACAUGAUUAUGAAAUCGAACAAAAACCAAUUCGUGCGGAUAUUCACAUCGAAUCACCUCAUGAAAGUGAGCAUGAAGAAGAAGAAGAAGAAGAAUCAUAUCAAUCUGAACAAAAACGUAGCGCUGAUCAAUUCGUUAUUGAAUCUGAAGAACAACUCGAAGAAGAUCAAUACAAAGGACCUUCAAGCUUCGAGCAAGCUCCAAGUACAUUUCGCCAAGAAAUUGAAGAAGAAAAACAAGAAUCUGAACGAAGUUCAAGCUUUGAAAAAGACAUCGUCGAAUCUCCUGAACUUACUGAACGAGAAGAACAGUAUCAACCAGAAUUUUUAAUAACUUCUAACAUAAUGAAAACUGAAGCUGCUGAAACUGUCAAACAAGAUCAUCAAUUAAUUGAGCAUCCUGAAAUAGAGACUCAACAUAUACAUGAACAAGAAGAUCACUUGGAAUCUGAAAAGAAAUUAGCUGUUGAUAAGAAUGCUAUUGAAUAUCCAGAAAUAGUCGAAGAAGAAAGAAGACAUCAUGAUAAAGAAUUAUUUGAACCCGAAAAAACAACCGGUGAAAUUUAUGAAGUACAUGACUAUGAAACUGAACAAAAACCAAGUGGAGCAGAUAUUUACAUAGAAUCACCUCAUGAAAGUGAUCAUGAAGAAGAAGAAGAAGAAGUUCAACCUGAGAGAAAACUUAGUAUUGACGAAUUCGUUGUUGAACCAUCUGAAGAAGAGCAAUAUGAACGAACUUCUAGUUUUGAACAAGUUGACGUUGGAUUUCAUCAAGAUAUUGACAAAGAAAAACACGACAUACACGAUGAUUAUGAACAAGAACAAAAAUUAGCUUCCGCAAUAAUUAGUUCUGAACCUCCUCAAAUUAGCGAAUAUGAACCAUUUGAAACAAUCGAUUAUAAACAAUACCAACACGAAAUACCUCGAACUGAUGAAGAAAAUCAAACUGAAGUCGAGAAUAUAUUCAAAUCAGAACGAAAACUUAGUUCCGGAAAGAUCAGUCUCGAAUCAUCUCAAUCCGAUGAACAUGCAGAAGAAAGUCAAAAAUCUCAAGAAGAACCAUUAACCUCUGAAAUACACGAUGCUGAAUCUGCUCAUGCAAUUGAACACUAUGAAGGAAAGUUCGAUACUGAUCAAUAUUCUGAAAAAUCUGAUCAACAAGAAGAGGAUAUUAUCAUAGAAGUACCACAAAAAAUUGAAGAUCAAGACACAGAAUCAAAAUCAUUCGUAUCAAGUGAAUAUGAAAAUGUUGAACAAUCUCAUCAUGAUAAAAUUAUGACUGAACCAUCAGAAAAAAUCGAAGAAAAACACGACGAUCAAUCAAUACAAAAGUUAAGUAGUGUUAAAUUUAUUGUUGCAUCGGCUCCAUCAUCUGAAGAAGAAGAAAGAGAAGGAUAUGAAUAUGGACGUGAAUUUCAUAUUGAAUCAACACCAAAAUUCGAUGAAGAAAUUGACGAUGAAUAUUUUCUUAAAAUGUUAGAAGCAAAAUAUUCAAAUCAACAAGAUAUUUCAUCAGAACAAAAAAUCAAAACUGAUGAAAUUAUUAUUCAAUCUCCUGAUGUAAGUGAACAUGAAGAGCAACAUGAACCAAUUCCAUCUGAAUUUGAUCAAGAAAUUAAAGAAGAAAAAGCAGAACGUAAAUCAAGUGCUGAUCAAAUCAUUACUGAAUCAUUUCCUUUAAUUGAAAAAGAAAAAGAUGAAAAUAUUCUUGAAAGUUCUCAAACGAUUGAUAAAGAACCAAUAGAAAAACAAAUAACUGAUGAAAUUAUAUUUCAAUCUUUAGAAACUAUUAAACAACAAAAUAUUGAAUAUGAACGACCAUUAAGUUCAGGACUUGUUACACUUACUUUUCCUCAACAAUAUGAUGAUGAUACAUAUAAAUUAAAAUCUCAAUAUGAAUUUGAACCAAGUUCAAGUGCUGGAAAAUCUACUAUUGAAUCUUUACAAGAAAAUGAACAAGAUAAUGAAAUUAUAACAGAAACUUCACCAACAUUAGAAUAUCCAUAUGAAUCUUCACCAAGUUUUAAACGUGAAAUAAUUGAUGAUAAUUUUACUAAUCUUGAAUCAUCAUCGUUUCAUAAAGAACAAGAUGAUGACAAUGAUGAAAUUGAACAUCAUCAAUUAAAACGUCCUCAACAAUGGACACAAUCACCAUUUCAACGUGAUGAAAUCUAUGGUGAUAAAUAUCGACCUACUAAAUAUUCAAUUGAAUCACCUGAAACUGAACUUCAACAAUCAUCAAAUUAUAAAGAACAACACGUAGAAGUUGAAUCACCAAUAACAUCUCAUAUUCAACGUUCAAGUGUAAUAUCACGUACAAUUCCAGCUUAUUCUGAUGAAGAAGAAUUAGAAGAACAAGAAGAAAAUGAUUUUCGUCCAACACAUCUUGAUAUUUCUAUACCCGAUGAAGAUUUAUUGAAAACUUCAACAUCUGACGAACAAAUCUAUGAGGAAAAUAAUCAAUAUGAAAAUGUUCUUAUUCAAACAUCAAAUGAUAUUGUUGAUCAAAUUUUAAAUGAUGCUAUUCGAGAAACAACAGAACAAGAUUUAAAUUAUUCAUUAUAUCAAACAGCAAAAGACAUUGUUCAUGAUGUUAUAGAUAAUGUUCAAAAAAAAUAUGAUGAUGAUAUUGUUUCAUCACAAAUUGAAGAAGCAACAAGUGCAGAUGUAUCAAUAAGUGAUAUAACUGAUUGGUCGGCACUUGUUAAAACUACUCCUGAUAUAACAAAUCAAGAAAAACCAACUCAAAGAACAGAUAGUUCAAGCGAUCAUGAAGAAGGAAAACAACAACAAGAAGAAAGUCCUAAAGAUGAAUAUACAAUAUCCGAUGAAGAUGAUGUUGAAGAAAAAAAUAAACUUGUUCCAACAACAAUGGAUCUACCAUAUUUAUCUGUAUCAGAUGUUGUUACAUCAAAAUCAACACAAGAACUUGGUAAUCUUGUUCAAGAAUUACAAACACUUGAACAACAAAUAAAUGAAAAUAUUGAUCUUCAUCAUUCAUUAUCAACAUCGUCAUCAUCAUCAUCAUCAUCAACAUCAUCAAUAUCAGAAAAUGAUGAAAUUCAUCAUUAUGAUUUAAAUAAUGCACAAAUAACAAAAACAACAUCAACUAAUGAAUUAACAAAUCUUAUUGCAGAAUUACAAACAAUUGAAGAACAACUUGAAGAUAAACUUGAUUCGAAAUUAGAACAAAAACCUGAUAUACCUGUAUCAUCAGAAUCUAUACAUGAACUUGGUAGUUUAAUGAAUGAAUUAAAUGAUGUUACAGAACAAUUACAGGAACGUUUACAACAAGAACAAACUGUUCAAUCAACAAAUAUUGAUCAAUUAUCACAUGAUAUAAUUAAAUAUCGUCGUGAUUCACAAACCAAUGCAUCAGAGAAGUAUUCACAUCGUACAGAACGACGACCAUCAAGUCCACCAACAUCACCAUUAUAUAAACACGAAUUUGUUCAUGUUACAUGUCAAUCUAUGAGUGAUGUUGAUCAAGUUCAAGAACAGUUACGACAUGAACAUGAAGAAAAUGCAAUUUUAAAAGAUAUGAUUAAUACAAUUAUUAAUCAAGCACAACAAAAUAUACAAUCGGGCUUACCAGAAGUUUCACAAUCAGCUCUAAAAGCUGUUCCAACACUUGUUAUUAAUCAACGUCGUAUGCCAUAUAUUCAAUCAUCAGCUACAAGUAUAUCAGAUGAAUUAGAUUUUUCUCAUGAUGAUAGUACCGGUGAUAAAACAAGUGAAUUAGCUGCUCAACUUGAUUAUCUUCGACGUAUGUCACGUUAUGAAAAUUUACUAGAUGAACAACAUCAUAUUGAAAUAGUAUCAAAUGAAACUAAUCGACGUAUGCAUGAAGAUACAAUUAUUCAUAUAACACCGGAUGAUGAUGAAAAUGAAAUCAUGUCAACAAAUUAUUUAACUAUUGUUCGAGAAGAACAACAAGCUUUAGAUGAAUAUGAUGAAGAUCAUGAUGAAGAUAAAGAUAAAGAAAAAAAGAAAAAAACUAAACGUAAAUGUUCUGAAGAUGAUGAUAAAUCUUUAUCAGAACAUCAUGAUUCAGACGAUGAUGAUGAUCAUGAUCAUGAUUAUAAAGAUAAUAAACCAUCAAUACCUUUACAUACAAUUGAAACUAUUCAAUCUGAAUCAAAUCAACAAUCAACACCAACUGAAUCAAAUCAAAAACAAUCUCAACAACAUCAACAACAACAAAAAGAACAAAUGGAAAUGAGUCGCGAUUCCAUAAAUGAAUUAAUGAUAAUGAGUCAAGAUUCUCUUAAACAACGUUCAUCUGAUUCACUUGAUGCUGAACAAGAAUUAAAAUAUCUUCUAUCCAAUCCUAAUACAUCAACAAUAUCAACAAAUGAAACUGAUGAUUUCAUGUAUAAACAACAUACAAAUGAACCAACACCAAGUCGUAUGAUGAUGAAAUAUGAUGAAGAUGAUACAAAUGAUAUUCGAUCAACAACAAAACAAUAUUCAUUAAUAUCAAAUGAAAUUGAAAUAGGACAAUUACCUGUUAUACAUGCACGACGUACAGCGAGUGAAAAUAGUCUUUUUAGUACAUCAUCAUCAUCAAUACAUAUGUAUGAUAGUCAUUCAUUAUCAGCAUCAUGUUUAGUUGAUAAAGAUGAUUUAACACCAUCAAAUGAUUAUAUUGAUUAUCAACAAACUGUUUUCUAUGAUGAUUCACAAAAAAAUCAACAAAUUUAUCGUGAAACAACAACAACAGAUGAUGAUAAUCAAUAUAAUAAUUUAAAUACAAAUAUAACAUCAUCACCAACAACUGGUAUUGGUUUUUUUGAUCGUGUUAAAGCAUUUGUUACAAAACCAGUUGAAAUUGUACAAGAAGCUAUGGAAAACCGUCGUAAACAACGAUCAACAUCAUCAUUAAGUAGUAAUGCAGAUUUAAAUGAUAAACAAAUAUUAGAUAAUGAACAAAAUUUAUCUUCAUCACCAUCAUCUCAACAACAACAACAACAACAACAACAUUUUCAUUCAGCAUAUGAUUUAUAUGAUGAAGAAAAAUUAAAACUUGUUCGUAGUCCAGAAUUAUAUGAUAUGGAUAAUGUUAAUAGUUUCAAUCAAAAGGUUUUAUUAACAAAUUUACAAGCACAAAAUCGUACACAAUCAGAAUCAGCAUUAGUUAUAGAUGAUUUAAAACAUCAUAGUAUAGAAACAGCAAGUAAUGAAGCAUCUGAAGAAUUUUUACCAACUAUAUCAAAAGAUAAUUCAUUAGAAUUUAUACAACAACAACAACAACAACAACGUCAUUCAACACCUUUUGAUGAUGUUAUGGAAAAAGAAUCAAGUUCAGAACAUUCAGAAUCAUAUAAUAUACCAACAUCAGCUUUUUCUGAUGCAUUUGAACCAACUAGUAGUUGUCAAAGACCAUUAGCACUUACUUUACCUGGACAACAACCAUCAUCACCACCACUACCACAACAACAACAACAACAACAAACUAUUGAAGAAUCAAUGACUGAAGAAGAAUUUGAUACACUUGCUGCUGAUUAUGUUCAUCAAGUAUUAAAUGAUGUUGUAGCACAAAUGAUUGGUGAACAUGAUGAUUCUUUAAGUAAUAAAAGUGAUAAAUUAGUAGGUAAUGAUACAUCAUCAGAUGAUGAUGAAGAUGAACUUGUUGAAGCAGAAGAUGAAGAACAAAAUCAAAAUCCAAUACCAACUGAUACAAGUUCAUUUAGUGUUAAUGAUCGUUAUAGUGCUGAUGAAUCAUCCAAUACACGUGAACAAUCAGCUGAUGAAGAAACUUCAGCACGAUCAUCAACAACAGCAACACCAACAAAAACUUCAUGUCAUAAAAAUAUAUAUACUGAAGAUCUUAUUGAUGAACAAACACCAAUUAUAUUAAAAUCACCACCAAUUGUUAGUCAUGGUUCACAAUCAGAUACAGGUACAUAUUUUAGUAUAGUAUCACCAUCAAGUGGUGAUUAUGUUGAUGCUUAUAGUACUCAUUCAACCAUUGAUGAUGAUAAAUUAGGUCUUCAAUAUCAUACACAAUCAAAUUCUAGUCAAUAUUUAACAGCUAAUGAUGAAACACCAAAUUUAUUAACAUCUGAUGAUAAUGAAUAUAUUAAUGAACGUGGUAAAAUAAAUUAUGCUUAUAAUGAUUCAAGUUCAGAUGAUAAUUAUUCAAAUAAAAAUCGUCAAGAAAAUUUUAUAAUAACAAAUGAAAAAAUAUCUGAAGAAAAAUAUUCCGGUGAAGGUGAAGAAAGUAGUAGUGGUAAUCAAACAUAUGUUCAACAACGACGAAAACGUUCAAAUGAACAACGUUCUUCAUUAUUAAAUGAUUUAACAACAAAUACAUCAGAAUCAACUACAACAAUAAUACCACAGCCAACAACAAAAAGUGUUUCAUUUAAAUUAGAUUUAAAUGAAAAUUUUCAACGUUCACCACGUUUAUCAACAAGUAGUGGAACAACAAUACCAAGACAAGAAAGUCUUGAUUCACCAUUAAAUGAUUCAAAUGAUAAAUCAAUAAUAAAAAUUUUACAAGAUGAAAUUCUUCGUAGUAAUUUAGAAACAAUUAAAAAUGAUUUAGAAUUAAAUUAUCCAUAUGAUAGAGAAAUUUAUCCAUCAACAUCAACACCAACAACAAUACAACCAACAAAAAAAACUUUAUCAUCAUCAGAAUAUGAUGCUGGAAGUGAAAGUGAUCAAGAUUCAAUAUUAGUUGAUUCAAUUAAAACAACUAUACAAGAAAAAUUAAAUGAUAUUUAUCAUGAUAAAGAAUCAUUUAUUGAUAGAAUUAAAUUAAAAUUUGAACGUUCAUUAGAUCGUUUAGUUGAAAAAACAUUAGCUGGAGAAGUAAAUACAAGUAAAUCAGAUAUAAUAUCACCAUUUACUGAUCAAAGUCUUGAUCGUUCAUUACCAACAAUAGCACAACCAUCAACUAUGAUUCAUGCGCAUAGUGAACAAUUAUUACAAGCAUGUCCAGAUGAACUUGACUAUGGUACAUUACAACGUUUUAGUUCUGAUAGUUGUAUAAUAAUUCAUGUACCUGAACAAUAUACACCAUCAUCAACAUUAUUUUUUGAUCAAUUAAAAACUGAUCAAAUAGAAAAAAAAUCUUCAUCAAAUCAACAAACAUCUGCAUUUAGUUAUUAUACAAAACAAGAUCAUCAACAACCAUCAAGUAGUCCAAUAGAAAUGUUAAAUCCAACAAAUGAAUUAAUUGAAAAUAUAUCACCGAUUAAUCGUUAUACACCACGUUCAUUAGAUGAUUCAUCAGUUGAAUUAGGUGAACGUGAUAUGACAGAUAUGUCUGAUGAAUUUGUUUUAGUAAAAAAUUUAUCACCAUUAACAAAUACAAAAGAUAUUAAAAAUGAUACACCAUCAAAUACAUCAUCAAGUUCAUCGGAAAAACAUGAAAGUCCUGAUUUAAUUGAUAUACUUCAACAUCAAUGUGAUUAUCCACCACUUGAUACAGGUUUUGAUUUACGUUCUGGUACAACAUUAGAAACUGUUUAUGAAAGUCCAGAAUUACGACAAGAUGAAAUUAAAUCAGCUAUAAGUACAUUAAGUUUAACAACAACUGAUAAUAAUCGUCCAUAUUCAACAGAAAAUAAUUCAUCAAAUACACCAAAUACAGAUGAUUCAUUAAUGGAAUUUGAACGUAUUGAAAUGGAAUUAUUAAAAAAUACAUCAACAACAAAUAUUAUUGAUAUUGUACGUGAAAUACGUUCAUCUGUUGAUUCAUUAACACAACAACAACAUGAUGAUAAUAAUAAAGUUGAAUCAUUUAUUGAAAAACAUUAUCCAACAAUACAAAAUGAUGUUGAAAAUGUUCUUAAUGAUAUACUUGAUAUGACAAGUGAUUUAACACAUUCAAUAUCAUCACAAUCAGAUGCAACAACAGUUAUAUAUAAAUCUCAACAUCAUUCAUUUGAUGAUGAUUAUGUUGAAAUAACACAUGAUGAUAUUAAAAAUCAAGAACGAAAUUUAUUUUCAUCGGAUGAAGAUAUUCUUCAUAAUCAAACAACAUUAUCUAGUCAUGAUAAACGUCGUUUAUCAGCACCAAAUAAUGAAAAUAUAUCAAGACGUCUUAAAACACCAUCAUCAAGUUCAUCAUCAUCAUCAUCAUUUUCAUCAACAUCUCGUUCUGUGAUAUAUUCUCAACAACAUUCACAUCCAUCUUAUCAACAACAACGUUUAUUACAAGCUGAAACAGAUUUAGCUAGUUUUAAACAACAUCAACAAACACAAUCAGCAACUGAUUUACCAUUUUUACCUCCAUUUGUAAAUACAAAUCCUAUUAAAAGAAAAAAACAAUCAUCAUCAGUUUCAUCAACACCAACACUUUUUCCUACUGAAAUAACUAGUGGAGAUUCUAAGAAAAAAACUCAUUCACAUCCCGGUUCGUUAGGAGGUAGUCAAGUACCUCCUCGGUCAUCAUUAAUAAAAGAAGAAAUAACUUCUUCUCCUAUCACAUCUGUUUCUCCACAUUCUUCUUCUUCUCAUCAUUCGGAUGAUUGUUUUUGUACGGAUCCAACAACAACAACUAGUCAUCAACAUUAA